AUGGAACGGGGUCUCAGUUACAGGCCCACACCCAAGCCAAGCGUGGCAGGCAACCAUAACCUCGGACGCAUCAGGCAACUGGGGUUGUGGAUCCUUCUCUUCGGAGGGCCACUGGUUUCAGCUACAAUGGCCCUCUUCAUGGGCAACAGUUCAUAUAACUGUAAAAGAGCUUCUCCCAAUCAUAGUCCCAUCGGCCAGGCGUCAAGCAGAUGUCAUCCCGCCAGAGAUGUUGGAGGUCCUGGUCACCAGACGCCCCGACUGGACGUCGCUAAGUUGGACAGAGCUUCUCAAAAGUAUUUCUCAAAAGGACUAGCUGAUUCCACACAGAGGACCUAUAGUUCGGGCCAGCGGCGCUAUCUGAGAUUCUGCAGAGAGAGUGGAGUCCAAGCAGUUCCUGCCUCGGAGCGCUCGUGUUGCCUCUUUGCGACCUACCUGGCCGAGGAAGGACUCACUCACAAGACUAUCAAAGUAUACCUUGCCGGGGUCAGAUUCCUGCACAUUGCGGAGAGCCAACCAGACCCUUUUGCAUCUGUGCUUCAUCGAUUGGAAUAUACCCUACGCGGUAUUAAGAGAUGCGAAGCUGCUAAGUGUCAGGGAAAAAGAGAAAGACUGCCCAUGUCCCCCCUCCUACUGAGGAAAAUGAAGGCAGUGUGGGACUCUUCCCCUGGUGGCCACGAUACGGUUAUGCUCUGGGCGGCUUGUUGCCUGGCCUUCUUUGGUUUUCUUCGUAUCGGGGAAAUGUCUGUACCCAGCGACGAUAAAUUUGACCCGUCGUGUCACUUGAUCGUCAGCGACAUAGCGAUUGACAACCCUAAGCUACCCACGGUGGUCCGGGUCACCAUCAAGCAAUCCAAAACAGACCCUUUUCGACGAGGCGUUGAUUUAUUUCUGGGUAAAAUGGACUCUGAUUUGUGCCCAGUGCAGGCAAUACUGUCAUAUCUGCGGCUUCGGGGUCGGGCAGAAGGCUCCCUGUUCAAGUUUAAGGAUGGUCGUAUGCUGACCCGGUUACGGUUUGUAGAAGCCAUCCGGGCUGCUCUGUCGGCAGCAGGAGUAGAUGAGUCCAAGUACAACGGCCAUAGCUUCCGCAUUGGAGCGGCUACCACAGCAGCGGCUAAAGGUUUUGAGGAUUCGGCUAUCAAAACGCUGGGAAGAUGGCGGAGUGUGGCCUAUUUGGACUACAUAAGGACACCUAGAAACUAA